AUGUUUACGGUUAUAUUAAACUUUGAUAGCUGCGAAAAGGAGCGAACGCCUAUAUUAAACCGGGUCGGGAAAGAGGUGACGGAGUUGCUAGGCAACUGUACCGACGCCGGAAGUGCGUGGCUACAAAAGACAUGGCGAACAAGAGGGGAACAGCUGUGCCUGCACCCUCUCGUGAUAUUUUACGAUCUCAUUCGGUAUUAAUCCUUGCCUUUUUAUUAUAUAAAUUCGCUUCCGCUUCAGAGGGCGAUGCAUUUCGUGCCGGACAGUCGAUAUUGUCUCCGGUGGCUGCGGCAUCACGGGAUGUUCGAUACCUCCUGUAUGAUGUAAAUCCACCCGAGGGCUUCAAUCUUCGCAGAGAUGUAUACAUUCGCAUGGCCUCUUUGCUGAAAACGCUGAGGAAAGAGGGCGACUGGGUGCUAGUGCUGCCUCCAUGGGGUCGCCUGUAUCACUGGCAGAGCCCUGAUAUACAUCAGGUUCGAAUCCCGUGGGGGGAAUUCUUCAGCAUAACCAGUCUGCAGGCUAACAUACCAGUCAUGGAGUAUGAGGAGUUUAUUGCCGAGUCUGGGGGUCCCUUCAUUGACCAGAUCCUUGUGCUGCAGAGCUAUGCAGAGGGCUGGACGGAUGGGAAAUGGGAGGAGAAGGUGGAUGAACGAGUGUGCAUCGAAAAGCUAAUGUACUCAAAAGACAAACAGGGUUAUUACAGAGGUUGGUUUUGGGGUUAUGAGGAGACCAGAGCGUUGAAUGUCACCUGCUUAUCUUCUCAGGGACAUGCCUCUAUCUUGGCUCCUGUCUUACAAAAUAACUUAACCGCCGUGUCAGUAAUGCUGGACAGAGCUGAGACUGUCCUUCAUGACCACUAUGCUGGGAAAGACUAUUGGGAUACACGGCGAAGUAUGGUGUUUGCCAAACACCUGCGUAUCAUAGGAGAUGAGUUUAGGGCCAAGUAUCUCAACUCCACAGACAAACAGGACCAGACCUCGUACAACGAAGACUGGACUCGAAUGAACAACAGACUGGGCAGCGCUAAGGGAGGCCCUUACCUGGGAGUGCACUUACGUAGGAAAGACUUCAUCUGGGGGCACAGAGAAGACGUGCCCAGCCUCAAAGGAGCAGUGAAAAAGAUACACAGUCUCAUGAAGAAGCACAAGCUUCAAAAAGUCUUUGUUGCCACUGAUUCAGAUGGAGAAGAGCUCGCUAAACUGAAAAGGAUGCUACCUGAGAUGGUACGAUACGAGCCCACCUGGGAGGACCUGGAGCUCCUGAAAGAUGGAGGGGUGGCCAUCAUAGACCAGUGGAUUUGUGCUCAUGCUAGGUAUUUCAUUGGAACAUCAGUUUCAACGUUCUCUUUUAGAAUACACGAGGAACGGGAGAUCCUGGGUUUCGAUCCUAAAACCACCUACAACCGAUUCUGCGGUGACGACGAGAAAGAAUGCGAACAACCAACACACUGGAAAAUAGUUUACUGAUCACACAGAACUUGAUACUGAUUAUUCAGACUAUAGGCUAUUUGAUUUCUCAGAUUUAAGAGAAUCCUCUAUAUUUUUAAUGCUUUUGCUGACCAUGUUGAAAAUACAGUCUUUUAAUGGAACAGUUGAAUAUUUACACCCUUCGGGCCAUCCAAGAUGUAGAUGAGAGUCUUCAUCAGAACAGAUUAGGGGAAAUUUAGCAUUAAUUAAUUUGCUCAUCGGUGGCUUCUCUGCGGUGAAUGGGUGCCGUCAUAAUAAAAGCUCAAACAGCUGACUAAAAACAUCACUGUAAUGCAAAAGAAAUUUUGGAUAACCUGAGGGUGAAUAAUUUUUCAGCUAUUUUUUUUAUAUAUAUUUAAGGGUGUACUAUUUGUCCAAUGGCAGUGCCAAUGGGUUUUCACUGCAUAACAAGUUAGUUAAGGAAGGUAAGGUGAGACGUAAGUGGAAUAUAUCAAAUAACUUUGAUCUCAUAUCUUGUUUUAGAUGUGUAAUUUGUAUAUGCUGCUGCUCUGUUCUCACAGUUCUUUGAUUCGGAUUGUUGAUACUCAAGAUGAACUGUGUAUAGCACUGUGAUCAAAUCUUUUAUGAAAACGGUCAACAUUAUUUUUCACCCCUGUUCCCGUCUUUUGAAGUGCUACGUGCCAAUUAUUUUCGUCUCAGCACAUUUUAUGCCUUUGACAAAUAACAUGUCUGAACAUCCAGCGUUAGUGUUUGAUAUUUCUGUCAGUAUUGUGCCUGUCUGCUAUUUGGACAAAUGAAAAUAGUGCUUUCACAGACUUUGCCAUACAGUAUUUUUUACACUCAGUAAGUGUUUUUUUUCCCCUUUCGUAAGAUGACGUGAAAGAUUCCGGGAGGUGUACAAAACAUGUCGGUAAAGAUAAGUCUCUGGAAUGGAAGCGUUUGUUUUCAUAACUUGAUGACAGACAGUAGAAGGGGUUUGUCUUGUAUAUUUCUUCUUGUUCAGAAAUGUCGAUUUAUGUUUACCAUUCAAAGAUGUACUGUAUAUUCAUCAUGUGCAGUUUUUCUAUAAAUGUUUUCUUGGUUUAUUUUCUAAAUGAAAUUUUAAUGAUCACUUGA